CUGAUAGAUGGCACUGACUGGCAUCACUGCUGGGCACUGACUGGCGGCACUGACUGGCACAACCCCUGGGCACUGACUGGUGGCACUGACUGCAGCACUGCUGGGCUGCACUGGUGGGUGGCACUGGUGUGUGACACUGCAGAGUGGCACAGGUGGGUGCACUGCUGGGCACAGGUGGGCAGAACUUGCGGGUGGCACUGCUGGGCACCGAUCAUCAGGGCACUGAUCAUCAGUGCCCUGAUGAUCGGUGCCGAUCCCCGCUCUGACAACUGCCGGUUCUCGACAGUACUUUCCUCACGAUCUGACAGCGUGAGGAAAGUGCAGCCGAGAACCGGCACUUGC